AUGUCCUCAGGUCCUACCGUGGAGGACUACUUCGACGAUGAGACGGAUCUUCCUCUUCCUUCCUCUUCCCAGAUUCGAACUCUACCCGACCAAGGCUAUCGCGGAGCACUGCUGGAGGAGAUCGCGGACGAAGACGACGAUCUAGACUUCACCAGACUUGCCGAACAAUCUCGUGGAGUUUUUGGUGAGGGGACUCAAGCUCCGAUAACAUCGACACGGGCAUCUACAUCUACGGAGAAAGGUAAAGUGGCUUAUAGAGAUGGUGCCGAUAGUAUCUCACGAUCUUCCGGCGGCCCACCUAUCAACCCCAACACACCUAUGGGGACGUUUAUGGGGGAUAUGAUGCGACUUCAGCAGGUCGAAGAUGAGAGAAUCGCCAAACUUAGGAGUCAAUUUGAGGGGGCGAAUAUGGUAGAUGCUUCAGUCUACAAAAGUUGGCACACCGUUUAUCCAUUGUAUUUCGACGCCAAAGUAUCUAUCAAUAAUGGUCGUAGAGUGGGACGAAAAGACAGCUUAUGGUGGCCUCAGGCUACUCAUAUCAGUGCGGCCUGUCGCACUUUAGGUCUUCCUAGUGUUCUCGAACCUGAUAAGACACAUCCGGCCGACUGGGCGAAUCCAGGGCGAGUCAAAGUACAAAUUGUUGAAGAAGGCAGAUUCGUAAAUCCUAUCGUCAAAAAUCGUGCUCAAUUAUAUCAUCAGCUUUCCAAACAAAUUCUUGCUUCCCACCCCUCACUAGUGUUCACAUCUGAAGCUCGUCCUAAUAAAUCGACCAAAGUGAUUACCAAAGACAAGAAGAAAAAGAGCAAAGCAACACCGUCCACGAACCCUUUCAGAUUGCCCAGUCGACCUCCCAGGGCUCCUCAGCCUGUGCCGACACUAGAAGAACGAUUGCCUCUGCACUCGCCAAUGGUUCCCACCGGUGUGGCCGUGGCCGCGGUGAAACGUGAAGUAGAGGCGGAGAAGGAGAACAAGAAGAAGGGGUUGACGAUGGGAGGGGAGGAGAAGCAACCAAAGAUGAAGAGGGUGGUGGUGAGGGGGAAACGAUGA